CUCGAAUUCGGCAAAUUCGGCCCCGAGCCCUCCAAACCCAAUGCCGAGUUCGCAGCUCGCCGCCGACUCCUCUCCCUCGACGUCUUCCGCGGCAUCACCGUCGCCCUUAUGAUACUUGUCGAUGACGCUGGAGCAUUUAUUCCAUCGAUAAAUCACUCUCCGUGGGAUGGCGUAACUCUCGCUGAUUUCGUCAUGCCAUUUUUCCUUUUCAUAGUCGGAGUCUCUUUGGCGCUUGCGUACAAGAGAGUGCCGAACAAAGUUUUAGCAACUAAGAAGGCCGUGCUUCGGGCACUGAAACUAUUUGUUUUAGGUCUAGUUCUGCAAGGUGGCUUCUUUCACGGCCUGCGCAAUCUAACUUACGGAGUCGAUAUUUCCAGUAUUCGGGUGAUGGGUGUAUUGCAGAGGAUUGCGAUAGCCUAUUUGGUGGCAGCAAUUUGUGAAAUUUGGCUUCGAGGUGACGGAGAUGUGGACUGUGGGCAUGCUUUACUGAGGAGAUACCGCUUUCAAUUGUUGGUGGGCCUUAUCAUCACGAUGACUUACACUGUCCUCUUAUACGGACUGUACGUGCCGGAUUGGGAGUACGAGAUAUCAGUUGCGGGCUCCGCCCCGAGGUCCUUCUCUGUGAAAUGUGGAGUGAGGGGUGACACAGGUCCUGGUUGCAAUGUGGUUGGCAUGGUCGAUCGCAAAAUCCUCGGCCUCGAGCAUUUAUAUAAACGCCCGGUUUAUCAACGGACAAAGCAAUGCAGCAUCAAUUCGCCACGAAAUGGGCCCCUUCCGUCCGAUGCUCCAUCAUGGUGUGAAGCCCCCUUCGAUCCUGAGGGGCUCCUUAGUUCCGUGAUGGCAAUUGUGACUUGCUUGAUCGGUUUGCAAUUCGGGCAUGUUAUCGUACACAUGAAGGACCAUAGAGAGAGAAUCUUCCAGUGGAUGAUUCCUUCCUUCUGCUUACUAGCUAUGGCUUUUUCGCUCGAUUUCUUCGGAUUGCGCAUGAAUAAGCCGCUGUAUUCGAUCAGUUACACUUGCGUCACUGCUGGUGCAGCUGGGCUCCUCUUUGUCGGAAUUUAUUUUCUGGUUGAUGUGUAUGGCUACAGGCGACCGGCGUUCGCCAUGGAGUGGAUGGGAGUGCAUGCGCUGAUGAUCUACAUUCUAAUUGCGUGCAACAUCUUGCCGUUUUUCAUCCAAGGCUUCUAUUGGGGCGAACCUCGAAACAAUCUCUUGACGUUAAUUGGAAUCGGAGCGUGAUUCCAUCGAACUCGGGAGAAAAGUGCGGCUUAUGACUAAAAACAUGUACAACUACGCUGAUCUGCGAUCCUGUUUCAGUGGAUAAGCUGGAUGAAGGAGAGGCUGGGUCACAAAUUUUGUACAUGAUGAUAAGGAAAGGGCUCUCUAUGCAGAGUUGUAUGUAUUGGUCUGGUGCUGAGCCUGACCAUCAGAAACAACAGUAUUUUGCUAUAAGCUUGUAUAGUGUAGGCUGAAGGGUAUAAUGGCUUACAUUUAUAUGCUAUUGCAUCUUGAAGAUCAUUUGUUGUCAUGGGAUCAAUCUUUUGAUCAUAUCAAUAUCAACAUGAAUCUAUAUAUCACUCUUGAAAGCACA